AUGGGUUUUCGAUUUCCAAGCAUGGUUCAUGCUAAGCAACUUAUUCAAAGACCUUUUUCAAGUUCAAAAGAUGUUCCAAAAGGCUAUCUGGCAGUUUAUGUUGGAGAUGAGACCAAAAUGAAGAGAUUUGUGAUCCCUUUAUCAUAUUUGAGCAAGUCAUCAUUCCAAGAGUUGCUGGGUCGAGCUGAAGAGGAAUUUGGAUUUAAUCAUCCAAUGGGAGCUCUUACAAUUCCCUGCCCAGAAGAUGCCUUCAUCAAUCUUAUUUCUCGCCUCGCUUGA